AUGGGUAGUCACCAGGGAGUGGAGCACCAGAGUGGUAGUCACCAGGGAGUGGAGCACCAGAUGGGUAGUCACCAGGGAGUGGAGCACCAGAUGGGUAGUUACCAGGGAGUGGAGCACCAAAUUGGUAGUCACCAGGUAGUGGAGUACCAGAUGGGUAGUCACCUCGGAGUGGAGUACCAUAUGGGUAAUCAGCAGGGGGUGAAGCACCGGUUGGGUAGUAACCAGUGGAUGGAGCACCAGGGAGUGGAGUACCAGAUGGGCAGUCACCAGGGAGUGCAGUACCAGAUGGGUAGUCACCUCGGAGUGGAGUACCAGAUGGGUAGUCAGCAGGGGGUGAAGUACCAGAUGGGUAGUAACCAGUGGAUGGAGCACCAGGUAGUUAAGGGAGUGGAGUACCAGAUUGGUAGUCACCAGGGAGUGCAGUACCAGAUGGGAGUGCAGUACCAGAUGGGUAGUCACCUCGGAGUGGAGUACCAGAUGGGUAGUCAGCAGGGGGUGAAGUACCAGAUGGGUAGUCACCUCGGAGUGGAGUACAAGAUGGGUAGUCAGCAGGGGGUGAAGUAG